AUGCCCAGCGAUCUUUAUGCCGUAGCAGAUUUCUGUCUCAUCCCAAUGGGAACAGGAGAAUCUUCCGUUGCCGAAUAUAUCGCAGAGUGUCAGAGAGUCUUGGAAAAAUCAGGGCUGACGUUCAAGGUGAGCAUGGGCAACGGGUACGGCACUAAUCUUGAGGGGCCUUGGAGUGAAGUGUCUCAAGCCAUACAUGAUUGCCAUACUGCAGUUCACGCCAAAGGUGCCCCUCGAGUUGCCACAGACAUCCGUAUUGGUACACGCGUAGAUCGAGAUACCCCCGUGGGUGAUGGCAAUGAUCACAAGGUGAAACGCGUAGAAGAGAUCCUAGCGAGAGAGAGAGCAGCUGCAUAUUGA